AUGCCUUCAGUGUCCACAAAUGCCGGCAUCGUCACAGACGAGUCCAGCGGCGAGCGUCACAUCCCUGAAUCCGUGCGUGCUGACGGGAGCACUCGCAAAGCGAUCAAGGUCCGUCCAGGCUAUCGCCCCCCAGAGGACGUCGAGGUCUACAAGAACCGCACCGCCGAAGCAUUCCGCGAGCGAGGAAAGAGAAUAGGAAUACCUGGUGCUGCAGGAAUCGGGGAGGAACCGGCCGAACAAGCCUCUGCGGCUGCCAACAAGAAUGCGAAACGACGGGAGGCUCGCAAGAAGGCCAAGGCGACAGCCGAGGACGGCGGCGACGUCCCUUCGUCUGACAAGGGCAAGCAGGAUUCCCAAGAGCCAAAGGGAGAAGACGUGCAGGUAGAUCCCGAGGUGGAACGGGAGAAGAGGGCGAGGAAUUUGAAGAAGAAACUGAAACAGGCCAAAGAACUUCAAAACAAGAAGGAUGACGGGGAGGCGCUUUUGCCGGAGCAGAUUGCCAAGGUCAUCAAGAUCAAAGAACUCAUCCGAGAGUUGGACGCUCUUGGCUUCAACGACGAAGGCGAGCCGAAGGCAACCAGCGGCAGCGACAGCAAGGAUUGA